UGAUGGCGUCGGUGGUCCUCCUCUUGGGUGCGGCGGUGGUGACGGCGGCGAGGGAGGGUUGCACGGAGGAGCUAACGUCGUUUUCACCGUGUCUGGCGUACGUGUCGUAUCCUCCGAACAACUUGACGGAAAGCGCUUCGGAAAAGUGCUGCGAGGCCUUCUCCUCCGCCGCGGACUCGGCGUGCCUCUGCUAUCUCCUCCGCGAGCCAAUGAUUCUGGGUUUCCCUCUGAACAGCAGCAGACUCCUCUCCCUCUCUUGGCUGUGUCCGUCUCCCAACACAACCUCAACCACCUUCCCUUCUCUUUGCUCAGCAUCAGCACCGGCUCUUCCUCCUCUCAACAGCGCACCAACUCAACCUCUACGCGGUAGUGGUGGUGGUGGUGGUGGUGGUAGAGGAGGAGGAGGAGGAAGAUCAGGAUCAGGGUUGGGUGGAUCUUAUGGGAAAGGGGUACCAGCUGAAGCAGGAGCAGGAGCAGGAGCAGCAACAAUAACAUGGUUUCACAACACCUCCCCCAAUGCUUCAACCCUCACUUCACACAUACUGCUUUUCAUUACCCUCAUUUUCUCAACCUUUUCAUGGGAAAUAUAGUUGAACCUUAGGAAUUAAUAUGUUAAUUGCUAUUGUUGCUACACCCUCGAUCGGUUGGUCUUUAUUUCAAUACAUAAUGGCCGUACGUGUUUCAAACAUAUACACACUUUUGUUUCUCAUCCCAAUUGUGCG